AUGCUCUUUGGCAUCGAAACCUCUGACCAGGUCAACGACAUGCUCUUGAGUGCCCCUUUUACUCAAUAUCUGGCUCAACAAUUUGCUUCGCAGUUUGUAGCACGUAUUAGGAAACGCAGAGCUGACCUUCUGUUGCCCCCACCCCCACAAAUUCGGGUAAGAACUUCCGCUCUCCACAUUUCGUCAACCACCCCUGUUUUCCAACCCUAACCACUGCUACCAUCCCCUGCUAGUCCACUUCAACCGCGACCUCGGCCAAAGUUCCAUAAGAAGACCGGAAGACCGACAGCUCGAUAACAGAGUGUAGGAUCUUGGAGUGAACCCAUCUCGAGCCAAACCAUCUCAUUCAAGAGAUCCAAAUCUCAACUACAUCGUCACCGAAAAGAUGACCUCACCUCUCGACCACCCAGCUUUCAACCAUAUCCCACCAUGGGUUCAAGCGAAACUCUCUCCUAUCGCAAUCACCAAAAUAAAAGACGUCUACCAAUUUGUAGAAGAGGAGUGCAUACCCGCAGAACCAUUGAUGAAGCAACAAAACGCAUCACCAGAAACACGAUAG